AUGAGCGAAGCCAACAUCUUCGAAGGGAUACUUUUUCUCAUUAUCCGGUCGUCAGAAAUGUCAAACAAUGAAAUUUCUCGAAUAGAAGACAGUAUUGCCAGAGGAAAUGGAGUUGUCACGGCAGUGAAAGAUGAGCACAAUAAUGAUACCAACUAUUUGGAUUUCCACAGCAAAGAAACCGACAAAGGUGGCGAUGAAAAAUCAAAACAUGUGACUCAUAUUAUUUCGCGGUCUAUCGAGUUUAUUGAAUACAAAUUGGCUAGGAAGUCGAUGAUUCCAGUAACUAGUCCAGAGUGGCUAUUUGAAUCGAUUAGUGGGGGAAGAAUCGUAAAUUACAAGACAUUCAACCCUGAUCCCAAGUUUUUCUUCAAGGAUUGUUUCGUAUGCGUAGCAGAUAACUUGCCUGUAGGUGACAAGGAGGCUAUCUACGCUGGGGUUAAGGCUUUUGGAGGCUGCUAUUUGGACGUAUUAACCAAAUACACCACUCAUCUAAUAGCGCAUGAUCUUUCCAACGAGAAGAGUAUUAUAGCCUCCAGUGCCAUAAAUAAUAGUGCAGAUGGCGAGGGUAUUGAUAUCAAGAUCGUUUUACCGCACUGGAUAGAUCACUGUAUCACGUUGGGCCGUAGAAUUGACGAAACAACUUACCUCUUACCAGAUGCCAAGAUUCUCAAGCAGGGCACUCCCAUCCAAUCACAGGGCAAUUCGUUUGUAGACAACGCAGAUUUGACGCACAUUGACAAUGUCAAGCUGGAUUUUCUCAAGGAAAAGACCUUCUACGUGGCUUCUGACCACAACUUGUCUGAGAGAUUCUCCAACUCUUUGGACAAUCUUAUCAAGAGAAAUGGCGGCACUGUAGCCAAGCAGUUUAACCUGGAAUCAGUUGAUGUGUAUAUAGGAAAAUUCAGAACAGGGGAGUUCUACGAGGAAAGCUGUCGUUCUAAUCGUAUCAUUGUUGGAAACUUGCAAUGGUUCUUUUCUGUUAUAGUUUCGAACGAAUGGGUGCUUCCGUUGAAUUCUAAUUUGCUACACUAUCCAAUCCCACAAGUUCCUCUUGACAGCUUCAAAGAUCUUAAGAUAUCUAUUACGAACUACAGUGGUGAUUCGAGAGCGUAUCUUUCAACCUUGAUAUCGAUUCUAGGAGGCACUUUUACGAAGACCUUAACCAAGGACAACCAUUUCCUCAUUGCGGGAAGUACGGAAGGUAAAAAGUUCUAUACGGCUAGCAAAAAGUGGUUAGAUGAGAAUGGGCAUCCCAAAAUCAAGAUAGUCAACCAUCUCUGGGUAGAGGAAUGCUUUUCCAGGUGGCAGUUGUUAGAUGACGAACAAAGGAAGUACAAGUAUUUUGGACAUGGGCACAUUCAAGUCGAAUCAUUAAUAGGCACAACAAAACUUGACGAGAAUAGCUUGAAGCAAUGGUCAGGACUAGAGGAUGAAAAAAGGUUGCCCACAAGAUUGACUCUGGAUAAUGUAGACGACAGUAUGAGCGAAGACGAGACCACUCAGUCCAAACAUACUUCGGAAAAGAGAGAUCUGGUUGAAGAUGCUAAUACCCUUUUUGCAUCUAGAUAUGGUGGCAGAUCUGCGGCAAAGAAAGCAGCAAUGAAGUUACACGACAAUAUGAAUGAUCUCAACAAAUACCAGGAGAUCUCUAAGAGCUCGAGGAAAAUGAAAAACUACAUGGAAGAGCUUGAACUACGUGUUGCGACUCCUCUGAAGCGUAAUCCUCCUGGAAAAGACGAGCACGAGCACAAACAGGACGAGCAGAAAAAGCCCAAGAAGACCACUUUGCCGGAGGAAGCCACAAAGUUUAGAAUCACUGCUAUCAUGACAGGCUGUGAACUGGAAAUAAACCUUAAUAAAAAUGACUUAUCCAAACUUUCCAACAUAGGUAUCAAGGUGUUAGCUGACAUUUCUCCAAAGUACCCUAUCAAUACACUCAUUGCUCCUAAGAUAUUGAGAACUGAAAAGUUCUUAAGAAGUCUUAGUCAGGUUAAAGAAAUCAUACAUCCAAAUUAUCUAAUCGAGAUUCUCAAGAAACUCAACACUACAGAAGGUGAAAGUAUCGAUGAAACUGCAGUUUUCAAGGAAUUCAGCAUUAAUGAUUAUAGUCUUGAUAAGUUCAUUAGUGUCAAGGACAUCAAUGUGGAAUUGGGUCUUGCCAAGACGUCUACAAAUGGUUUGAAAACUCUCACUUGCAGUGACAAUCACGGAAGAUUGUUUUCACAAUUGAACUUGAACUUGUCGUCGUGUUUGAAUGGUGGUGCGGACACUAUCGGGCGUAUUCUUAAAGAUCAUGGAUUGAAAGAAUCUCACAUCAUUAAGAAUAAUUUGACUGGAAACAAUCUCAAGAAAGCUUUGAUUAAAUCAAGCGAUAACUUUUACGUACUUGUUGCUCAUAAGACUAAAGACACCAAACUAAUCUCCGCUUUCAAGAAAUUGAAGGCUGAGAAUGACUUAAAGGCCGUUGUUGUGGAGUGGGACUGGUGUGUUAAGUCCAUAUUCAAGAUGAAGCUAGAGCCAUACGACAAAUACAUGCUAUAA